AUGUCUGCUGGAUCGGUAUCUUUCAGGAGGAUCCCAUUUGCUCCAAACACCAUGUUCUUCGGCCGGCAAGAUGAAUUAUCCCAGCUCGAGAGGUCUCUAGUAACGCCAAGUGGAACGACACUCCCCUUGAUGAGCAUUAUCGGGGAAGGUGGCGUCGGGAAGUCUCAGUUGGCACUUCGUUUCAUAUACGAUCAUCUUGAAGACUUCAGCGCUGUGUUUUGGGUCCAAGCAGAGACCGCGAUCAAGCUCGCUCAGGAUUUUGAAGAGGUUGCCAAGGAAGUUGGUGUAACUGAUGGGAAUAUGCCUAUUUCGCUCGGCCUAUUGCAAGAACCUAUGAAGAAAUGGUUUAGAAAUACAAAACAUCGUUGGCUGCUCGUACUGGAUAAUGUGGAGUCUAUGGCUAUUUGCCAAGACUAUGUGCCUACAGGCGGCCGCGGCUCUAUUCUCAUCACUACGAGAGAUCAAACCCUCUUCCAGCCACCGAUUACCACGCACUUGCAUCUGAAAUGCUUCACACAAGAACAAUCUCAUUUAUUUCUAUCCAACAACUUGAAUAGUUCAGCAAGGUCGGUAGGGAAUACUCGAAAUCAAGAAUACACCAUGAAAAUACAUGCAGCGUGUGGAGGGCUUCCGCUGGCUCUUUCACAGGUCAUUCGAUAUACACGCGCCCUUCACGUAUCCGUUGAAGAAGCAAGCAACCUCUGUUCCACGCAGACUGCGUUCCUUGACGAGAACUCUGAGCUCAACAAACUAAGUCAACCCGAUUAUUUCCACCAUAUUAGCACAUCUCGUCUCUGGGAACACGCCAUCUCGUCGUUGACACCGUCCGCUCUGAGGCUAGUACGACUAUUAGCACACUUUGACCCCGAUCUGAUACAGUAUCACCUUAUCACAUCGGUGCCUAUACCACAAGCAAGUUCUCCCGAAACGGUUGGUCAUACUUCCGGGUACAUCUGUGAACGUGGAUUGCUAGCAGGGGCAUCGCCAUUACUUCGCAAAGCGGAACAGGUUGCUGAAACUGGUAUUCAGGUGCUUGGGGCCGAUCCAGCAACAUCCCCUUCACAGAGUGAAUUGAAUGUAGAGUUGACGAAGGUUUUGUCGGACAUAUCUAACUCACAAGGGAAAAUCCACAUGGCAAUGGGCCACUUCAAUCUUGCAGUACACAAAUUCACAGCGGCCGUGAAGAUGCGACAGUCUUUGGCUUUGGUUGACACAGAACUGAUUUACAUCAUGCGAAACGAAGCCUCGGCUUAUGUGAGCUUAAAUCAAUCUCAGAAAACUCUUGAGAUUUUGCAAGAGACCGGUCAACUUUUGGACGAACAAUUUGCAAAUUUGCAUGAUGUUUCCGUCUAUCAAAACAGCCAAGCUUCUAAUCUAGGUAUCAUGUCAUCGGCAUAUAUUGCAUUGGGGAAGUUCGACCAAGCAUGGGAGGCCGCCAUGAAGUCCACAGAGUUGAUAAUACAAGUCUAUGGCCUCGGUAGCCCCAUGGUUGCAGACUGCUAUGCGACACUAGGAAGGAUCAAAAAGCAUCAGAUGCAACUGGAGGAAGCAGAGGAGCUAUUGCUCAAAGCUCUUGAUAUUCAGACAAAUGUUGCCGGUUGCAGCCGGGAUACUGCUGCCGCUUUACAUCACUAUGCGACGAUUCUGAAAGCAAAGCAAGACUACACGAAAGCAUUAUCCGUCAUGGAACAGGCUGUCGACAUGUGGCGAAAGCUGUCAGAAGCGAAGAAUUGUCUUGCAAGAUCACUUUACUAUUUGAGCUGCUUUCAAGGCGAAGGCGAUGAUCCCAAAAGGUCAAACCUCAGAGCUGAAGCUUACCUUCUCUACACUGAACACGUUGGGAAAGCGCAAGCCAAGGAGGAACAAAAGUUGAAUUACUCAGACUUUGACAAUAUGGUCCCACACUACGAAAGAUAA